GAUGAUUACUUUAAGCUUCGACUUGACUGUGACGCGGACCCGUGAGCAUGGCCCCUUCCGCCCAGUCGGAGAAGCGAUUGCUCUGGCAUCCACGAUGGGAGAACAAGUUUAUGGUCGGAGGAGGCUCUCAAAUGACAAUGUACGAAUGGGCACCAGAAGAAUCUGAAAUUCGACAUGUGACUUCACAAAAUGACUUGCAGUUCAUGAAGUGUUUCGCUUGGUCUCCAGACCCUGCUUUUGACGAUCUUUUUGCUGUCGGAUCAGCUUCUGGACGCGUUGACCUCAUUAGACUCGAAGCUACCAAAGUCGCCCGGAACAACGUCCUCUCAAGCGGUCCCGUCGUCACGCUUCCAGUCCGCAACACCCGGUCAUGUAACGCCCUCGCAUUCUGUAACACAGACCCCAACUACCUAGCAGUCGGCCUCGACAAAGUCCGAGGAGACUCCAGCCUCAUCAUCUGGGAUAUUCAAUCCGCCACGCCCCUCCUCUCACCCUCCAGCCCCCCCAAUUUGAAUCUAACGGAAGACUCGGUACUAGAAGCGCGUCCGCAGCCUCGAAUAGCGCGUGCUGAAGUCGGUCAUCACAGGACUGACGGACGCGUGUUGCAGCAACAUGCACCCACAGAAGUAGUCUCAGCCCUAGCCUUCCUCCCACAAUCUACGCAUAUGCUGUUAGCUGGUAUAUCAGCGCGGUGGUUGAGGCUAUUCGACCUCCGGAGCGCAGUCCCAGCAACUACUAAUAUCGCAACCAAAGUCUACGGCAUAGCAACAUCUCCGAUCGACCCACACCAGAUUGCAUGUUGUGGAGAUGGGAUUAUAACUGUCUGGGAUGCAAGACGCCUCUUACAUCCACUACUUAUGUUUACAGAGAAAGACGCAGCUGCUGAUGGUGCAAGACCACGGGCUGGGUCUGGGUCUUUUGUCAACCAUAUCGAGUUUUCUAGCUCGAGGAGGGGCGUGCUUGCAGCGCAUGAGAAGGAUUCGUCGUAUGUGCGGUUUUGGGAUCUGCAGCAGGCGCAAGGGAGUGAGAAUAAUUCCGAUGGGGAGAGAUCGAGGGAGUCGUCACAGACUCAGACUGCGAAGAGGUCAUGGGCGCCUUGGACUGCUGGUGGUGCUGGGAAUGGGAAUGAGAUGAGACAUAGUAAUGUGGAAUCGCAGGAGGCGUUGGCGCUUGUUCUUUCUGAUACGCACAAAACGACGAGCUUUCGGAAACCACUUGCAUCUUUCGCCCUUGUUCCGAGUAAGCGCGCGUUCUCGCUUACUUCGGAGGUUAUGGUCGUCAAUAAGGAUGGGGAUCUUGAACUUUAUGCUGCAUAUGAUACGCCGAAACAGGCGUCUUGGAGUGCACGUGGGGACCUUAUCAUCGGUGCUGGGUUGAGAUGCAAGGUGUUCCCGGGCUUCGAGGACCGCGGAGUUCCACCGCAGCCAUGGGAUAUACGUAUUGAGGAAACUACAACUUCUCGGGGGCGUAACGAAACUGCAAGUCUGCCGGCGUUUGGGAGGGGUGACGAAGAUGGGUUCCCGGCUCUGGAAGGCAAAUCUGUGGAAGGCAAAUCCACACCAUCGAAGCCGAUAAAAACGAGGACGUAUAGUCCAGCUUCGUUCCGACACUACCCGCUCGACCAGUCUGAGCUGUCUGCAUCGCCAAGUAGUGUUGAUGCUCAAACCCCUGCGAGGGCUGAGGCUGUGCAGGAGCCCAAACCAAAUGGUCUUCGACAAAGUGGAGAAAAGAGUUCACCGAAAGGGAAGACUUCACGGAGCGUGCACCAAGCAGUGGAGGAUGAUAUCUCGAUGAUUAUGCGUCGGCGCACCAUUCGUGGAUAUGGGCUGGCAAACGCUAAGCAUAACGCUCAAGUUGUACGGGAAGAUCUUUGCUCAAAUACAACGCUAUCAGAGCUAUGGGAUUGGAUACAUCAUUCCCGUGAACUUGUAUGCUCGCCGACGUCAAGAUUACACGGUUAUGAGUUCUCAAACCAAGGACUUCUUGGACUAUGGGAAGGAUUCGCACCGCUACCUCAAGUCUCUGAGUCGAGCGCAUCAUCUUUUAGCGUCCUUGACGGCCUUUUGGCGAUACCUCAAAUUUCUCCGGGAGAUUCUAGUCUCUCUCCGAUAUCUACCCCUGCUGUGCUUGACCCUUUGACGCGAAUGAGACAUCCUCUUGAUGAUUUAGCAUAUGGGGAUUUCACAGCUGCCGUUGCUGCACUAUGUACUAGACGGACACCGGGUUUGGGACGUCCAUGGAGACCCCCUGUCCGCAGCACAGAAAAGCUUGAACAGAGACAGUUUGCGUUGCAUCUCUGCGGGUGGAGUAUUGGAGAGGAGGAACUAAACCAUGAGAUUAAAAGGUGGGAGAAGGAGGGGCAACAGCCAAGAGCGGCAUGUUGGCUCGUUUUCAUGCGACAGUAUCAAAAGGCGCUGGAGCUGUUGAUGCGGAGUAUAGAUGAGAUGCACAAUCUCGUGUCCGGUACUCUUGUAGCACUUAUCCCUAGCGCUGGAAGCACCCUAUCUAACGAAUUGCGCACCCACGCCGAACGUGUCAUCGUCCGCCUUGAAGACCCAUACUUCCGUGCUAUGCUCAUCCAACUUACCUCCAAGGACUGGUCCAAGGUUCUCGAGGAAGAAUCACUUCCGCUGCGGGAGCGUCUUGCGAUUGCAUUCCAGUUUCUGGAAGACGAAGCGCUAUCGUCCUACCUUACACGCACGAUUGACCGAGCCCGUACACGCGGUGACAUCGAGGGCCUCGUAAUCACAGGGCUCACCCCCUCAGGUAUGGACAUCUUACAGAGCUAUGUAGACCGCACAGGAGAUGCCCAGACUGCUGCUAUCCUCGCUGGUCAAGUGUGUCCUGCUAAGUUUCUUGACGCGCGAGCAGAGCGGUGGCUAGAGACGUAUAGGGACUUGUUGGACGGCUUUAAGCUGUUCCAUUACCGAGUUGCGUUUGAUGUUGAGCGGGGGCAGAUACUGCAAGAGGCAGUGUUGAAUGGGGAUUUAGCGCCGUUUGAUUGGGCCCCGAAGCAGAUCUUGAUUCGGUGUAAUUAUUGCUCUAAGCCGAUGAAUCCUGUGUUGGACGAGACACAGAAGGGACGGCCUACUGCAUGCCCACACUGCAGUCGUGCUCUCCCGCGGUGUUCGGUCUGUCUGAUGACACUGAGCAUCGUCCCAGAUUGUACGCGUGACGUUGGGCUCUCACAGUCGCAGGCCACUUACCAAGACACAAUCGACGACGCAAUUGUCAUCUGCCAGACAUGUCGACACGGUGGACACGCAUCGCAUAUUCUUGAUUGGUUCUUUGGUGAAGACGGUGCACGUUCCCGUGGCAUGUGCCCUGUGGCAGAUUGCGACUGCCACUGCGCAGAUGAGUUUUAGUUUUUCGCUGUUUGCUGGGGCCUGAGCUCGGAUCAUUUGCAUAUGACCUUGAAAUGGUGAUCGGAUGGGAACCUCUCGUUCUCUACGAGCGGAUAUACACAUAACAGUGUCCAAUAGAAUGGCUUAGAAAGUACUGGAUGCAAAGUAUCCAGGGCAUAUAAUUGUUGAUAUUAUUAUUAUUUCAAGUAGACAUGCUGAUAUAAGUACAGAACGCUAUGCGUUAACUUGCUGAUAGAGGAGCGAAUAACACGUAACUAAAGAUAGCU